GUAACAAUGGCUGCUCAUUUAAAGAAGCGGGUUUAUGAAGAAUUUUCCAAAGUUGUACAGCAACAACCUCAUGAAGAAGUACCAGCCAAGAAACUUCGACUGACCAAACCCAGUAAAUCUGCAGCGCUUCAUAUUGAUCUGUGUAAAGCCACAAGUCCCACUGAUGCCCUCCAGUAUCUUCUUAACUUUGCUCGAAAACCAGUGGAGGCAGAAAGUGUCGAGGGUGUAGUACGUAUUCUUCUGGAGCAUUAUUACAAGGAGAUUGAUAACGCGGUCAGGCUAAAGAUUGCCUCACUGCUCGGUCUGCUGUCCAAAACACUGGGUUUCUCUCCAGACUGCAUUGUAGAUGAUGUUAUAAGCACGCUCAGUCAUGACAAGUCAAACUCUGUACUGGCACAGCUGUUGGACACACUACUGGUCAUUGGAGCACAGCUGCUGGACAACAUGACAGUCACUCAGAGACUCAUAGAGGUGGCCUGCAAGAAUCUCAACAACACCUAUUUCGGAGUACGCAAUAAGUGCCUGCAGAUACUUGGCCGUUUGGGUACCGUUAAUAAACCUCUAAGUAAAGAGAGCGAAGCAGCACCUGGCUGUUCCACAGCUCCUGUGAGGGACGUCCAGAGUCUCAUCAGUGAUUACUUCGGUGACCAGGACCCCCGAGUUCGUACUGCAGCCAUUAAAGCUAUGCUCCAGCUUCAUGAAAGGGGAAUGAAACUUCAGCAGAUCAUCUACCAUCAGGCCUGCAAGCUCUUGAGUGAUGAUUAUGAGCAAGUGCGUUCGGCGGCAGUGCAGAUGGUGUGGGUGCUGAGCCAGCUUUACCCUGAAAGCAUUGUCCCGAUUCCCUCAUCCAACGAGGAGAUCCGGCUGAUUGACGACUCUUUUGGAAAGAUCUGUCACAUGGUCAGCGAUGGAUCCUGGGUAGUGCGAGUGCAGGCUGCUAAGCUGCUGGGUUCCAUGCAGCAAGUGAGCCCACAUUUUUUGGAGCAGACACUCGACAAGAAGCUGAUGUCAGAUCUUAGGAGGAAACGCACAGCACACGAGCGAGCCAAAGAGCUCUACACAUCUGGAGAGUUCUCCUCCGGCCGGAGAUGGGCAGACGACGCUCCCAGAGAAAAAGUCGACACAUCGGGGGUGAACCUCAUCGACUCCGGUGCCUGUGGAGCUUUCGUGCACGGCCUUGAGGACGAGAUGUAUGAGGUGAGGAUUGCGGCUGUAGAGGCCUUGUGCUCGCUAGCCAUGUCCUCUCCUAGCUUUGCAGAGAAAUGUCUGGACUUCCUGGUGGACAUGUUUAACGAUGAAAUAGAGGAAGUGAGACUUCAGUCGAUACACGUGCUGCGACAGAUCUCCACCCACAUUACACUGAGAGAGGAUCAGCUGGAUACGGUGCUGGCUGUGCUGGAGGACUCCUCGCGAGACAUCAGAGAGGCCCUGCACGAAUUGCUGUGUUACACCAACAUGUCGACCAAAGAGUGCGUCCAGCUGGCCCUGCUGGAGCUGCUAAAGAACCUUACCAAGUACCCUACUGACCGCAACUCAGUGUGGAAGUGUUUAAAGUUCCUUGGAUCUCGUCAUCCCACUCUUGUGCUGCCCAUCGUUCCUGAGCUUCUCAGCACACACCCUUAUUUCGACACUCCAGAGCCGGAUAUGGAUGACCCAGCGUACAUUGCAGUGUUGGUGCUUGUUUUUAACGCAGCCAAGUCGUGUCCCACCAUGCCGGCUCUGUUCUCAGACCACACGUUUCGACACUACGCUUACCUCAGAGACAGCCUCUCUCACCUGGUACCUCAGCUCAGAUUACCAGGCAGGAAGCAAGUAAUGGCAGCUCUGGGUUCAGAGGCAGCAGGAAUGGAGCCUUGUAGCCUUGAGUCUGCACAGCAGUUCCUCCAGGAAAGCCUAGCAAGGGUCAGCACCCUGCAGAACCUGGACUCCCCUGGUGCUCAGGACCUGCUGGACUUCACUAUAAGAGACCUACAGAGGCUAGGUGAGCUUCAGACUGAACUGGCUGGAUCAGCUGAUUUCUGCGCCACUUACCUUCACUGUCAACUGCUGCUCAUGAAGGCUUUACAGGAGAAGUUAUGGAACAUGGCUGUGCCUCUGUGUCUCAAACAGAAUGCCAUGGCAUCAACUGCUGCACAACAGAUCCUAGAGGAAACAUAUAAGUUGGAGUUUCUGUACAGUGGACUUGGGACGCGUCAGGUGGCGGCUAUUCACAAUGUUCGACUGCAAGCCAAGGCGCUACAGCUCAUACUGACUGCGCGCACCAGACGAGGGGUUGAUCCUCUCCUUGCACUUUGUGAGAAGUUCCUGCAGGAGGUGGAGUCCUUUCAGAGACUCUUCAUGUUGGAGCUUCCCCACUUUCAGGACAGUUUUGUGGAGAAGCUUCUUGAACUGAUGCCCAGACUGGUCGCCUGUAAACCACUGGAUUUAGUGAAGAUUCUCCAGACCACUUUGAGACAGAGCAGAUUCACUCACCUCAAACUGCCUGAGCAGAUUCACAGAGCUUCAGCAACUAUCAUUGAGCCAACUGGAGAAUCGGACAACCCAUUGAGAUUUACCUCCGGCCUGGUGGUGGCAUUAGAUAUUGAUGCCACUUUGGAACAUGUACAGGAGCCACAAACUACGGUCAAAGUACAGGUACGCUACCCGGACGGACAGUCCCAUUUAAUCCACCCCAAACCUGGAGACUUUAGGACGCCAGGACCAGGACGGGUACGACUUAUCACACAGGUGUAUCUGUCCCAUACAGCCUGGACAGAGCCAUGCCAGAUCGAGGUGAGGUUACUACUGGCCUACAGCAGCAAACUUCCCGUGCCCAAACCAGCCUGGGACGACAGCUCAGAAGUUCUGCCCACGACCGAGAGCUCCAUCGAAGGCACCAUCAACCUUAGCAAGCCUGUCAAGGUUUUCAUCAUGCCAAAACCUGCUCGCCGCUGAACCUGGUCCCAUCAUUAACCUGCAUAAAUCUACACUAAACAAAAGGACAUUAGGAAUCAAACUGAAUAUGAGGCAUUUGUACUUAUUUGUUGUCUGUUGUGUGUAGUUUUUGUACUUGUAUAUGUCAACAAUUUGUAUAUAAUAACAGUUGAAUAAUAAACAUGAUAAGUUCCAUUUGGUCAAACUAUUAAAGUCUCUUCAGAU